AUGCCUGCCAGCAGCCCCCUCACUGGCGCUCUCAACGCCAACCUGCUGCCCCCCGGCGCGACGCUGUUUGGCGCCUACCAGUUUGCGCAGCGCGAGCAGUCCACGCUCAAGGCGGCGUCUGAGGAGGAGCUGCGGCUCAGCGGCGGCAUGGGCGAGCGCGAGGCGGCGGCGUGGGCGGAGGCGCUGUCGUUCCACCACCAGUGGAUGGUGCUGGCGCGGGAGCACGCGGCGGGGCUGGUGGCGCUGAGGAAGGACAUCAUCACGCACGGCCGCACCGUCCACAAGGCGUGCAACAGCGUGCGCGCGGGCAUGGCCCCGGACGAGUUUGCCGUGGUCACCACGCUCAAGGCGCACGGCCUCAUCAAGAGCGUGCAGCGCGUGGAGGUGCAGCCGGGCAUGAGCUACCCCCCAGGCACCUUCCUCAACAGCUACCCCACCCUGGUGCUGUUCCCGGCUGAGAGCAGCCCCCACCCCGUGCUGUGGACAGACACCACCAGCCAGGUCAAGUGCCAGGUGGAGAAGGUCGGCAAGGAGGUGACUCAGCCCUACACCCUGAACGAGUGCCUGCAGGUCGCGUUCGACCGCUCGUCCAUAUUCUUCAGGAAGGUCGAGAUCCGCAAGACAGAUGACAUGGAGCAGAUGCUGCUCAUGAGCACGCUCGCGGAGAUGUGGGCCGGGAAGCGGCCCUUUGGGCCCGCGGCGGACGAGGAGGCCGGCGGGCCGCCGGCGGCGGCGAGCAGCGGCGGCGGCGGCGGCCCCAGGAAAGGGCGGCGGCGGGGGCGGCCGCGCAAGAGUGGCUCCCGCCAGUCCCAGAGCAGCUCCGCUGCGGAGGAGGAGGACGCAGAGGUUGAGGCAGGGGCCGGCGGCGGUGGCGGCGCCGCGGCCGAGGACGGCGGCGGCGGCGCUCUCGUGUGCGACGAGCAGCUGCCAGAGGCGGAGUGCGGGGCGGUGGCUGUGGACGUGGGGGAGCGGCCAGGCACGGGCGCGUGGCCGGCAGCUGUGCAGGCGGAGCAUGUGCGGGUGCGGGUCCAGGUGGAGGAGGGCGGUGAGGGGCCAGAGGCGCGGCUGGUGCGGCUGCAGUUGGGGCCGUGGGGGCAGGAGCAGCGGGCGGCUGGGCAGGGGCCGACGCAGCAACAGCAGGCGCAGGAGGUACAUUGGGGUGUGGAACCACCGCAGCACGUGCAGGUGCAGCUGCAGCCGGCGGGCGAGGGGGAACCACCAAUGGAGGUGCAGGGGCUGCAGCAGCAGCAGGAGCAGCAGGAGCAGCAGGGGCAGCAACAGGAAGCGAAGCAGCAGCAGCCGCAGGAGCAAUCGCAGCAGCAGGAGCAGCAGCAGCAAGCGCAGCCGCAGCAGCAGCAGCAGCAGCAGCAGCAGCAGCAUGAACGAGGGGAAGCAGGGCCUUCCAAUCAGCUGAUGCUGGGGCAGCAGGAAGCAGCAUUCCCAGGAGAAGACGACGCAAUGCGCUGCUUGCCGGGUGUGCUGGAGGCCCCGAGGGCGGACCUCGCCGCCGCCCUGGGUGGGGUGCCUGACGACCGCAGCGGCUGCACGGCGUCAGGGGGCCCGCCGCUGCCAGGGGCGCCCGAGCUACCGUGCCAGGGCGGCGCCACUAAUGGUGUGGCGCCCAUGGCAGUGGAUGACUGA